CUCCAACCGCGACGUGGACAUGGCGCGCGCUCUGGACGACGCCGACGACCUGGCCACGUACCACGACCUCAUCGUCGAGGUGGACAAGGUGUCGCGCGCCUUCGCCAUGGACGUGGAGGUUUACCCCGGCGUGCGGGCCACGCUGGGCCGCGACGCGCGCAGCGAGGACGCCGUCAACCUGAGCUUCAAGCUGGACGGGCUGCGGCUGGACGACGACGAGCAAGGCCGCGACAUCGAGGACGGCGACUUCGAGGUGGAGGACCGGCACGACCACAAGAAGAAGAAGGUCCUGAAGGGCCUGAAGAAGCUCAAGAAGAAGCUGGCGCCGUACUUGCCCCUGCUGGCCAUCCCGCUGGCCAUCCAGCUCAUGAUGCUGCCGCUCUACAUCAUGGCCCUCAAGAUGAUGGCGCUCAAGUCCAUCCUGCUGGGCAAGAUGACCCUCAUGCUCGUGGCCUUCAACAUCCUCCGCAACGUGCAGCAGCGCCAGAUGGAGGACCACCACAACAGCCGCGUGGCCGAGGAGUACUACGGCUACCACGACGACGGCAUCGAGUACGGCGGCUGGGUCAACGGCAGGAGCAUGGCGCGGUCGGCGAGGACGUCGCGGACGUCCAGGACGGCGACGGACGCCCUCAGAACCUCCAGCGACGCGCAGUCCAGGGCCUUCAGGGGCUGGAGCGCUCACGCCCAGCAGAGGCGGUAGUCCGUAGCCCCAGCGCCGGGUGACUUGCUCACACCGUGUGAAUAGAAAAGACUGCGUAGUCAAAGUACGGGGAGGAGCAUUCUGUGGUUGUGGGCAGCGGGUUCUGUUCUUCCGGGUUUCGAAUGUUCCAAGGGGUUUCAGAAGAGGCAGUGAUAAAAGGGCUCCGGAAUCACAAACUGGAGUGGGGUUUGUUUGGUUUGACAGUGUCGCAGCGCACAAACCCCACCUCCAAACUCGGACCAUCUUACCACUGCACUGCUUCCGUGUGUUCGGUGCCGUUUCUAGUGUUAAAGAGUCGUUGUAUAUUUAGCGGAGAAGACGUGGAUUGUCGUAUAUUAGUUUAAGUUGAACGUUUUAUGUAAGCUACGAUAGCGCUUAUUUAUUUAUUUAUUCCUUUAUUUAUUUACAGUAUUUAUUACUUAUUUACUUUGUGACCCUGUUGUAAAUGAAGAGACUUAUUAAAAACUUUAAGCCUUGACUGUCCUAAGCGAUACA